CGCAUUGUGUUAUUCGCGUCUCUCCCGUCUGACUCUCUUAGGCGGCAACUUCGAAGCUCCAACUCUGCCUAUCCCCUUCGUUUUCUCCGCCCCUCUCUCUCUCUCUCUCUCUCUCUCUCUCUGUGUAUAUAUAUACACACACACACUCCCCUUUACAGUCUCUCGUUCUCUCCUCCCAAUUGGAAACACGCUUGCGAACAUAAUUGCUUGCUUGCCGGUCCGUGGGAAUGGCAGCGAUGUCGCAGUCUAUCAAUUUCUUCACUUCUUCUUCUUCUUCUUCUUCGUCCAGGUCCCGGACGUUCGCCGUUUCAAAACCAUCCUAUUCAAAGCCCUAUGUAUUCAAAAUGAAUCCGCGGAUUCUGGAGAAAUUCGUCAAGAGAUCGAUGUCUGUGUCGUGUUCAGAUCCAGAUUCACCGUCGCCGGUGCUUGUCUCCGACAACGGCACCAGCGGCGGAGCGGCGGUGGAGUCGGUGAACGUUUGGUCGCCGACUGCGGAGUCGAGUACGAUUGAGGUUGAUGCGGUGACGGAGACGGAGAUGAAGGAGAACGGGUUCCGGAGCACGAGGCGGACUAAGCUGGUGUGCACAAUUGGCCCGGCUACGUGCGGGUUCGAGCAGCUGGAGGCGUUGGCAGUGGGGGGAAUGAAUGUUGCGCGGAUCAACAUGUGCCACGGCACGCGGGAGUGGCACCGGAGUGUGAUCGAGAGGGUGAGGAGGUUGAAUGAAGAGAAGGGAUUUGCUGUUGCGAUUAUGAUGGACACUGAAGGGAGUGAAAUUCACAUGGGGGACCUCGGCGGAGCCCCAUCAGCAAAAGCCGAGGAUGGUGAAGUUUGGACAUUCACUGUACGUGCACUUGAAUCAUCUCUCCCUGAACGUACAAUUCAUGUGAACUAUGAUGGCUUUGCUGAAGAUGUAAAAGUCGGGGAUGAACUCCUUGUGGAUGGUGGCAUGGUGAGGUUUGAGGUGAUCGAGAAGAUUGGUCCAGAUGUCAAAUGCAGGUGUACUGAUCCUGGACUUUUGCUCCCUCGGGCAAAUUUGACUUCUUGGAGGGAUGGAAGCUUGGUGCGGGAACGUAAUGCCAUGCUCCCUACUAUUUCGUCAAAGGAUUGGUUAGACAUUGAUUUUGGAAUUGCUGAAGGUGUGGAUUUUAUUGCAAUAUCAUUUGUCAAGUCUGCUGAAGUGAUUAAUCAUCUUAAGAGCUACAUCAAGGCACGGUCUCGUGAUAGUGAUGUUGCUGUCAUUGCAAAGAUUGAGAGUAUUGACUCAUUGAAAAACUUGGAGGAGAUCAUUCAAGCAUCAGAUGGAGUUAUGGUAGCAAGAGGAGAUCUGGGUGCUCAGAUUCCACUGGAACAGGUUCCAUCUGCCCAGCAAAAGAUUGUUCAGAUGUGCAGGCAAUUAAAUACACCUGUUAUUGUUGCCUCUCAGUUGCUCGAGUCUAUGAUUGAAUACCCCACACCCACCAGGGCUGAAGUGGCUGAUGUUUCUGAAGCAGUUAGACAAAGAGCAGAUGCCUUGAUGCUCUCUGGUGAGUCAGCCAUGGGCCAGUACCCUGAGAAGGCAUUGGCAGUUCUGAGAAGUGUUAGUUUGAGAAUUGAGAGAUGGUGGAGAGAAGAAAAGCGCCCUGAAGCUAUGGAACUACCAGAUAUAGCAUCUUCUUUUGCAGACAGUAUUUCAGAGGAAAUCUGCAAUUCUGCUGCCAAGAUGGCGAACAAUUUAAUGGUGGAUGCACUCUUUGUCUACACCAAAACAGGCCACAUGGCAUCCCUUCUGUCACGUUCUCGACCUGACUGUCCGAUAUUUGCCUUUACAACCAUGGCAUCUGUUCGGAGGCAUCUCAACCUUCAGUGGGGUCUUAUCCCAUUCCGCCUCAACUUCUCUGAUGAUAUGGAAAGCAACCUCAAUAGAACUUUCUCCUUGCUCAAGGCCAGAGGGAUGAUCAAAUCAGGUGACCUGGUCAUUGCCGUCUCUGAUAUGUUGCAAUCCAUUCAAGUUAUGAAUGUCCCUUAAGAAUGUAGACAAAAUGCUCUGGUUCCGGGCUUUAUUUGGGCCAGGUAAUGUUAUUUGGUAGGCAUCUCCUGCUGUGUUGGUUCAACAAUAUUGUCCAUGCUAGAGAAGUAAAAUAGAGUAACCUUGAGCCAUCUCUGUUACUCUCAACUUCAACCAUCAAUAUCUUCCUUGGUGACCCUGCGUUGCAACCUACAGCAGGUUUUAAGUUUUGCUUUUGUUGAGAAUUAUCGGUUGCAAAAUGUACUGCAGAGGCAUGCACUGUAACUCUUAUCUAUUUUUGUUACAAAUUUGCGGGUGUAGCUUAUAUAGACUCCUUAAGUUUUAGUUUGAGCAAGUUUCUCUUGUUCGCAAGGAUUUGGACUAAUCAUCAUCCUCUUCCUUAAAGCUAUUAUGUUGUUACAUCUUUUAUUAAUCCAUUAUUAUCCUGUUUUAGUGACUUUCA